AUGAUUCUUCACUCUACUCUUAUCAGUGCCUUGAUUGCAAUAUCAUUCUUACCAUGGUUAUCCUUUUCCGCACCAACAGUGAGCCGAGCUGCAUCUCCUAAAUAUGUAUUUGCUCAUUUCAUGGUCGGGAUUGUCGAGAAUUAUAAACUAUCGGACUGGAAGAUGGAUAUGGCAUAUGCACAAGAGAUCGGUAUUGACGCAUUCGCUUUGAACUGCGCAAGUAUCGAUAGCUAUACUCCCACACAACUUGCUCUUGCAUAUCAAGCAGCUGAAGAAACCGGAUUUCAUGUUUUUAUAUCAUUCGACUUUGCAUAUUGGAACAACGGAAACACCAACAACAUCACAGAUUAUAUGAAUAAAUAUGCAUCUCAUCCUGGCCAAAUGCAAUAUAAUGGAGGAGCUGUUGUUAGUACCUUCGUGGGAGAUUCUUUUGAUUGGGCACCUGUCAAAGCUGGAACAAAUCACUCAAUUUUUGCCAUUCCUAUGAUGCAAGAUCCCAUUGAAGCAAGUUAUCUCUCCACAUCAUUUGAUGGUGCUUUUUCUUGGUUAGCGUGGCCUACAGAUGGUGGGAAUAGCAUUAUCCCAGGUCCAAUGUCAACUUCAUGGGAUGAUAAAUUCCUUACAUAUCUCAAAGGAAAGCCAUAUAUGGCUCCUGUUUCUUCAUGGUUCUCGACACAUUUUAACUCUAAGAACUGGGUAUUCAUAAGCGAAGAACUCAUUACCGACCGAUGGAAUCAAAUGUUGGCUAUGAAGCCCGCACUCAUUGAGAUUAUAUCUUGGAAUGAUUUCGGCGAGUCUCACUACAUCUCUCCAGCGGAGCCAAAUCAUAAGGAUGAUGGUUCAUCACAGUGGGCUGACGGCUUUCCUCACGAUGGUUGGCGUAUAAUUUCGAAACCAUAUAUUGCUGCUUAUAAAGCCGGAGUAAGUACACCAACUGUCACAGAAGAUCAGCUUGUAUAUUGGUAUCGACCAACUCCCAAAGGCAUUACUUGCACGAAUGAUACUCUUGGACCUCCAAAUGGACGUGAAAUGCUCGCCGAUGAUAUAUUCGUCACCACUCUUCUUACAAAAUCAGCAACUCUAAUUGUUACUAGUGGAGAUAAGACUCCUGUAUCAAUUAACGUACCUGCUGGUAUCGUCACCACCAAUUUCACCAUGGGCGUAGGGAACCAGUAUUUCAUGGUUACUAGAGAAGGCAGUCCCGUUUUGAAUGGUUAUGGUGGUUUGAAUAUAGCCGACAAGUGCGAGAAGUACAACUUCAAUGCUUAUGUGGGAUCUUUGAAUGGUACUAGUAACGAUGGUCCACCACCACCAACUACAACAACGUCAACGAGCACUUUAAUAACCACGACUUCUACCUCUACCUCUACCUCUACAUCGUCAACAUCUAGUCCCAUCACCACAACAAAUACCACAAGUACUCCCGCAACUUCAACUACAUCUUCGUCUUCUAGCACUACAACAUCGACUAGCAUGACCACAUCUACCACAUCUACCACAUCCAUGAUUCCCACUACGACCACAACUUCUUCCUCUACUUCCAGUUCCUCAACAUCUACCGCCCCUUCAACACCUUCUCCCUCUACAGUCUGUACCUCAGGCUGGGGUCCAGGAAAUUAUAUCGGUCUCUGUCAAUUUACCUGCAACUUCGGCUAUUGUCCUCCGGGUCCUUGUACAUGUUUAUCAUAUGGCGCUCAAAUUCCUGAGCCGCCAAUCACAAAUCAAGCAGGGUAUCCUUUACCAGGAGAAGAUGAUAGUUAUUUGGGAUUGUGUAGUUAUAGUUGCAAUCAUGGAUACUGUCCACCUACUGCUUGUCGAUUGGGUUAG